GAUACAUGAUAGGGUUGGGAAAGGGGGAGAGGCACCGAACGAACGGAGACAAAAGCUCAAUGGUUGGCAACCGCAAGCAUGAGACGCUGUACGGGAGAGCCGAGCGUGGCCUGAGGCGAUACCGCCAGUAGGACACGCACCGGAGGGAGGGAGGCGGAAGAAACAUGGCCGCCUCAGUUGGGCCCCAGGGUGGCCCGCGGGCUUCCGUUCCGGUUUCUAUGCCCGACCUACCAGACUUGAGCCACCUCACAGAGGAGGAAAGGAAAAUAAUCCUGGCGGUGAUGGCGCGCCAGAAGGAGGAAGAGGAGAAGGAGCAAGCCAUGUUGAAGACGCUUCAUCAGCAAUUUGAGAGCUAUAAGGAGCAGGUAAGGAGGAUCGGGGUAGAGAACAAACGGCAACAAACCACCCACAAGGACGAUGCCCCGACCUGUGGGAUCUGCCGCAAGACCAAGUUUGCAGAUGGCUGCGGGCACCUCUGCUCCUACUGCCAGACCAAGUUCUGUGCCCGAUGUGGUGGAAGAGUGUCUCUCCGCUCCAACAAUGUGAUGUGGGUAUGCAACCUGUGCAGGAAGCAGCAGGAGAUCCUUACUAAAUCUGGAGAAUGGUUCUCAUCAGGGCCAAGAGGCAGGCCUCUGAGCGUGGCCGGCCCUGAAGCUGACCGGGACGGGAAGCUACGUUCCAGGUCACAGGCUAAAACCGGAGCUAACUCCACUAGCACUAACAACGCCCAGCCAGCCACUGACCGAACCAAGGGAGCGGACAUCAUGCCAGUCUCACGAGCUCGGAGUGAACCCCCACGAGAGAAGAAGAGGCCAGUGUCCCUACAUGAGCAAAAUGGCAAGGUCAUCGGCAGAGGUGAGAGGAGAGUGGGAUCAGGUAGGCAGCCUGGUCAGGCUUCAGAUGAUCGUGCUCCAGGAGAAAGGCGAGACAGCAGACGUCUGGAAAAAGGCCAUUCCCAAGAAUAUGACCACUCUGGAAACACUGCCCACCCUGACCAGAAGCGGAAAAAAGAAGAAGAGGAACGGGAGCAGGAAAGGCAGCGGCGUGAAGAGGAAUACCAAAAUCGCUACUGUAGUGACCCCAACUUGGCACGCUACCCUGUCAAACCUCAGAAAGAAGAACAAGAGAUGCGCAUGCAUGCCAAAGUGUCCAAAAUGCGACAAGAACGUCACCACAGUGACAUGGCCAUCAAUGAAGUAGGUCUGGCUCAAGAUGGUUGCGAGACCCCAGGCACUCGGUUAAGUAGGAGGGUGGCGGGCAAUGAAAACCGCAUGGCACUACUGGAAAACCAACGGGCAUACUCUGUGGACAGGACCGUGGGGGGUUGUGCUGGUGGGGGACCUGUACCCCUUCAAAAGCAGGGUCACGGUGGUUCUCACAUGAGCCCCGGGGGCUCCCAAGACCUCAGGGAUGGACAGGAUUGGGGCCACAAAGGCUAUUUGGAGCCUGGAUCAGUUGCAUUGCUCCACAAGACCAAACGUGAGAAAGCUGCCGAAAGCUUCCGGAAAGAUUCUUCCCUCAGUUCAGACCAGUCAGAAUGUCUCCGUCCACCUCCUCCCCGUGCUUACAAGCCCAAACGAGGCCUCAACAAAAGGCAGAUGUCCAUUAGUAGUUCAGAAGAGGAAGGAGGGUCCACACCUGAGUAUACCAGCUGUGAAGAUGUUGAGAGCAUAAGCGAAAAAGGUGACUGGGAUUGCCAUCCUCUAGAUCCCACUGUAUGGCAUCAUCCUGUUACGUGGCAACCAUCAAAGGAGGGAGAUCAUUUGAUUGGACGCAUCACUCUGAGCAAGCGCUCGGCCAUGCCUCGGGAGGCUGGGUCUCUGCUCGGGCUAAAGGUGGUUGGUGGAAAAAUUACAGCGACCGGGAGACUCGGGGCGUUCAUCACCAAAGUGAAAAAAGGAAGUCUCGCAGACGUUGUAGGCCAUUUACGAGCUGGUGAUGAGGUGUUGCAAUGGAAUGGGAAGGCGUUGCCUGGAGCAACCAAGAAAGAAGUAUACAACAUCAUUUUAGAGUCGCAGUCUGCACCGCAAGUAGAAAUAGUUGUUUCAAGGCCAAUUGGAGACACGCCAAGAAUUCCAGACAAGUCACAUCCACCUCUUGAAUCUACUGGUUCAAGUUCUAUAGAUGAGUCCCACAAGGUGGACCGUCCUUCCAUCUCCGUCAUGUCCCCGACCAGUCCGGGAAUGUUGAGAGACCUGCCUCAGGACCUUCCAGGCCAGCUUUUAGUGAAACUGUGGUAUGACAAAGUGGGCCAUCAGCUUAUCGUCAACGUGUUACAAGCCAUAGACCUGCCUUCUCGACCCGACGGCCGACCGCGCAACCCUUACGUCAAAAUGUACUUCCUUCCUGAUCGGAGCGACAAGAGCAAGAGGAGGACGAAGACGGUGAAGAAGAACUCGGAGCCACGGUGGAACCAGACAUUCCUUUACUCACACGUCCACCGCAGGGAUUUCAGAGAGCGCAUGCUGGAGAUCACCGUGUGGGACCAGCCGAGGGCGCAGGAAGAGGAGAGCGAGUUCCUCGGAGAGAUCCUGAUCGAGCUCGAAACGGCUCUGUUGGACGAUCAGCCUCACUGGUACAAGCUGCAGACCCAUGAUGCGUCCUCUCUCCCUCUACCCCAACCCUCGCCAUACCUCCCUCGCAGACACGUCCACACCGACAGCCCCAGCAAAAAGUUACAGACAGCAGAGAGGAACUCCAGAGAGAGGGAGAAGUACAGCACACUGACGGUUCCCGAGAGGCAGGCAGCCAUUCAGCAUCGCUCUCGCUCUGUCUCCCCACACAGAGAAGACCAGUGUAGAGGACGUUCACGCCACACACAUGUCCCCAUGCAGAGGAGUCUAGAUGAAAUUCGCCAGAAACGACAUCAUUCCCAGUCACCCACUCAUUACUACAAUAACCCACAACAGGAACACCGAUCCGGAGACUCAGACUACGACUACUCAGAGGACAGUGAGGUCCUGGAGAUGCACAGAUCAAUCCGUGGCGGGAGCGCUGAGUGCCUGCACACAAACAGUGACCUUCAGCCAUCAUUGGACAGAGUGCGAAGUGCCAGUACGACCUGUCUGAGGCCUGAGAGCAGUUUCCGCUCCCCUGAUAGAGAAAGGCUGUCAGGCAGUUUGAACAGGCCUGUGCGUGCAAAAACUAACAAGAAAUCCAUUGACAAUGACAGGAUCCAGCCCACCUCCAUCCUGCGGGGCAGCAGGUGGAGGAGAGAUGGUCCAAUCCGGCCGUUUGAGCACUCCGGCCUGGACAGAGCCCACGGUGGACGUAAUUCUCCUACAGAGUCUUCCUUAUCAGUGCGCAGAGGACGACAGCUCCCACAACUCCCUGCAAAAAGCAGCAGUAUAGAGCAAGCUCUGGCAGUAGAAGAACGAGCUCGGCAGUUGAGUCAGAUAAGGGUUCCAUCUUAUCGGCCAGGUUCGUCUGCCAGCUCAGGCCAUGAACAGGACAUGGCUCUGAAGAACAAGAGAGAUCUGUACAAGAGGAGCUGUGAUAACAUGUCAGCGAGGUCUUCAGACAGCGACAUGAGCGACGUGUCAGCCGUGUCGCGAGCCAGCAGUGCCUCUCGUCUAAGCAGCGCCAGCUACAUGUCUGUCCAAUCAGAGAGGCCACACGGACGGAUCAGUCGGCAGGUUCGGGCCUCGGCUGGUCGCAACAUGUUAAAGAGCACGAGCGUGAGCGGUGACAUCAACACGCCCGAGCGAACGGACGGCAGCCAGUCGGACACGGCGCUCGGAACAGUGGGCAGCAGCAGCAAGAAGCGUCGCUCCAGCCUCAAUGCUCGCUUUGUAGCCAUCGUGGGAAACAGACGCAGCCGCAGCACAUCGCAGAUCAGCCAGACAGAGGCAUCCAAUAAAAAGUCAAAGGGAGGUGGGACGAUACAGAGGAGUCAGGAGACGGGCAUGGCGGUCGAGCUGCAGCGCAACAUGAGCCGACAGCCGAGCCGAGAGUCCAACAACGGCAGUAUGGCCAGCUACAACUCCGAGGGAAGUCCGAUCUUCCCAGCCGUGCGGGUGGAGACUCAGUUUAGUGACUUCCUGGAUGGACUGGGUCCUGCCCAGCUCGUGGGCCGACAAACUUUAGCCACUCCUGCUAUCGGAGACAUCCAGAUUGGCAUGGUGAACAAGAAGGGAAAGCUAGAGGUGGAGGUGAUCCGAGCUCGUGGCCUCAUCCAAAAACCAGGAUCUAAAUCUCUCCCGGCUCCUUAUGUAAAGGUGUACCUGCUGGACAACGGAGCAUACGUGGCCAAGAAGAAAACGAAAAUCGCACGGAAGACGCUGGACCCGCUGUACCAGCAAACCCUGCAGUUUGAGGAGAGUCCACAGGGGAAAGUGUUACAGGUCAUCGUGUGGGGAGACUACGGACGAAUGGACCACAAAUCCUUCAUGGGAGUAGCACAAAUCUUAUUGGAGGAGCUGGACCUGGCCAGCAACGUGAUUGGCUGGUACAAACUAUUUCCGCCCUCCUCCUUAGUAGACCCCACGCUGGCAUCGCUGACCAGGCGAGCUUCCCAGUCGUCUCUGGACAGUUCUUCAGGACCCGGUGGGGUUCGUUCCUAGUGCACUAAUUUACAAAGCACACUCCACACUCCAGAGAAUCAACCGAGGACUUGACAGGACCACAAUCAGAGGUAGAGCGGAGCAAAAAAAUCUAUAUAUGCGAUGAACAAAGGACAAAGCUUUGAAGAAAAAUGACAAUCACUCCUGUCGGUUCCGUUGGGUUCGUAUUUUUUAUUUUUAUUCCCCUUUAUGUCGUGCGUGUUUUGCAAAAUAAGGCCUCUACAUUCUGCCAAUUUGGUGUAUUCAUCGUUUCAGCCACAAAUUUGUUACGGUGGAGCUGCAGUACAGUUUAACAGCAACUCGGAGUAACUAAAGCAGGGUGAUUUUCAAUCAUUGUUAAAGAAAUGUACAUUUAACAGAGCAGCAGAAUGUACUGCCUAACCCUAUUAACACAAUGACGACCUCCGACCAACAGAUUGUGGCGUCUCCAUAGAGACUCCUGUAUAGGCUUGAAGGUUAAAAGUCAAAAGGUUAUGACCUUGAAAAGAAGCAGGGCCAGUCCAAAAGGUGUUUUUUUAUUUUGGUGCCUAAACAUCGAGGACCCCGGGCUACGGUCCAAUAUCCGUACAGCGUUACAGUUUUCAGGAUGUUUACCACAACUGACGGAGGCUACGUUCUCCUCAAUGUUCCCUCUUUGUUUAUCAGCUGAUAUAUUUUUCUCUCCAUACCUCUAACACACAAAGUUAUGAGGUUUGUGUUGUCUAAAAAUGUACUGUGUGCAUGGUGAUGAUGCUGAGAAUGAGAAGAAAAAAAACUAAAAACUUGAGACUUCAGGAAAAAGUGUUUCCAAAAACAUUUACAAGUCAUUUUGGGUUCUCAUUGAAAUUUUUAUUCCAUCUGCUUUCACACCUUUAACCCUUCCUGAUGGUCUGAGUGUACGCUAAACGCUUCGUUUGCAAAACUUCUGAAACACCACAUUGACCAAAGACUCACAGUUCUAAAAGUCAAGAGGACCAAAAAGGCGUACUUGCGAUUCAAAAGGAAGACGUCACCAAAAAAAAACUGCUAAUAAGGCUAACAGAAAAGGACAAGUAGUGAGGACCAGCACAGUUUGAUUUGAUUCGUUUAUAAAUGGUUGGCACUGGAUUUUAUUUCUAUUAGCAAACUUAGCUUUUUUUUUUUUUUGGUGAAUUCCUGUCAAAGAUUUCAUUACUAAUGCGCUGUUUUAUCAUCAUCGUCGUCAGAAAGAAAGGAUCGUUCUUCCAACAAAAGAUCAUUACUUUUUGCUUUUACACCUUGCAUUAACAUUUCAUCGGUUGUCUUCUGAAUUAAUUCCGUCAGUGCAAAAUGAAAACAGUAGCUAGCUACAAGCGCAGUGGUAGAUUAGUCGCUAAGGCUUUGGGCUGCUUCAAGUUUCUACUGUUGGGUUCUUGAGCUUUACCUUAUAUUACAUUUACAGUACAGCGCUACAUUUUUGGCAGAUGCCCUUAUUCAGAGCAACUUACAUUUAUCUUAUUUAUACAGCUGAGCAGUUUAGGGUUAAUGGCCUUGCUCUGGGUCCCAGGAGUGGCAGCUUGGUGGAUUUGGGAUUUGAACUUAUGACCUUCCGAUCAGCAGUCCAAUACCUUAACCACUAAGCUACCACAUCCUCUGAGCAAGACCCUUAAACCUUAACCUCAGUUGUACAUCACCAAGCCAAACAGCCACGUGAGUAAAUGUAGAAGGAGGGAAAUCAUCUAGCUGCCAAUAAGACACUUGUCUUGAUGACUGUAAAUGUUUUGUAGAAGCUAACUAGCAUAUUAGUAAUGUUAGUGAAUACAGUUGACAGAAAUCUGACACAUUGUGUAGUAACACAGCCUUACAGUAAUGAAUACUGAUACAAAACACCACAACAGGAAGAUCUACAGUGGUAUCACUCGUCUACUAACAGGACAAGAUUAACAUUUUAAUGCUGUAUAACGACUCCAUUUUUGAUUAUGUUGGAGUUUUACGUGUCAGACACCUUGAGAGAAUUUGACAAGCAACAAAACAACAAAGCAAAAAUAACAAACUUUAACAAAACCUGCCGCUAAGAGUUUAAAGGAAGCUGUUCUUUUACCAGAUGUGUAGAACAUCUCACUGCCAGUUUCUCUACUUCAAUAUUGUUGGGACACACACAUUUAAAUAUAAUUUCCAAGAAACUAUACAAAACUAUACAAAACUCCCAAAUUGGUUUUGUAAAUUAAUAAACACAGUUUAUUUAUGGAAACCGGACUCACUCGUUCUAGGCUGCAUUUGAUUGGCUGACGAUCAGACAAGUACAGGUUGAGUCAUAGAAAUUUUCCACCAAAUUUGAAACAUUAAAAUUACAAUGAAAUCCUCAAAAACACAUUUUUAAAAAUCAUUUUUAUUCUAUUUUAUGAAAAUAUAGAAAUAUAAAUAAAUAAAUAAAUAAAUAAAUAAAUAAGCUGGUUAAUUUGUGUCCAUGAUGCCAAGACUACAAAAGAAAAAAGGUCUCUUGACAAUUUGCACAAUAGAGACAAAUAAUUUGUGUGAUGUUACAGUACAGUAAAAAAAUUAAGCACCUCUGAAAAAAUAAACAAUCGAUUUUGUG